AUGGUUCGAGGCGACGGACCUACAGCGAUGAGCUCAAAGAUAGGAUAUUUGUUAUCUGGACCACUUACAUGUACAAGAGGACAACUCAAUUCACACAUGAUGCAUAUAUUAUCUAGUCACACAAAAGAGGACUAUGCUAUUGAGAUAUUUUGGAAAUUGGAGUCCCUUGGUAUACAAGAAAACGACAAACUUAACACGCAGAAACAGAACAUCAAGGAAUUUUCAUCAACAUCGAUAGCAUAUGAGGAUGGAAAGUACGUUGCAAAACUUCCAUGGAUUGAAGAAUAUCCUGAAUUACCGACAAACGAGAUGAUUGCAAAAGCAAGGACCCAUAGAGUAGUUAACCGCUUAAAUCAGGAACCAAACUUAUUUAAAAUAUAUGGCGAUAUAAUUAGAGAGCAGGAAAAACGUGGUUUCAUCGAAAAGGUAAGAGAAAAUGAGGACGAGCCACAGCGCAUACACUACAUACCGCAUCACCCAGUCGAAAAGGACUCUACAACUACUCCAAUUAGAAUUGUGUAUGAUUGCAGUUGCACAGAGAACGCAAAAAGUCCGAGUUUGAAUGACUGUCUUCAUUCAUAUCCGCCAAUUUCAAAUGACAUAACAGAGCUACUUACCAGAUUUCGUACUCAAAAGUUUGCAGUGACAACAGACAUCGAAAAAGCAUUUCUGCAAGUUGGACUUCAUAAAUCUGACCGUGAUGUAACUCGCUUCUUUUGGUUAAGUGACCCAACAGAUUCAACCAGUCCGUUUACAACAUAUCGUUUCAAGUCAGUCUUAUUCGGAGCUACAUGCUCACCAUUUAUACUGAAUGCAACUUUAUUAAAACGCUUUGAAGAGAAUCCUAGUCCAACAGCUUCAAGAAUUACACAAGAUUUAUAUGUAGAUAAUGUUUUAUCUAGUUUUACAGCCGAAGACGACCUUAUACAAUUUUACCGAGAUUCUAGGUGUUUAUUACAGAAAGGAGGCUUUAACCUCAGAUCAUGGAACUCUAAUUCUAACAGACUACGAGAACUUGCUGACACAGAAAACGUACUAGAUUCCAGUAAAGAGGUCAACAUACUUGGAAUGCGCUGGGAUGUUGCGAACGACAGACUUUUAUUUGCCGAAGUUGACAUAGAUUCAACCAUGGUAGAUGUAACAAAAAGAGAAAUAAUACGACAGUCGUCAAAAAUCUUUGAUCCGCUUGGCAUACUUAGUCCCGUGACUGUGAAAGCUAAGAUAUUUAUGCAGUCACUAUGGAAACGUAAUUUUGGAUGGGACGAACGCUUACCUGAAGAUGUAACUACGCAAUGGACUACUAUCCAAGUUUACGAUAUGGACUGA